AAGAAAAAGAUAUUCGGUCUCUGCCGAAACGAUGACAUCCGCAUGUCUGCUACUCGAACGCUGAUGUACGACAGCAGACAGCACUGCGCGCCACCUUACGACAACGUGCACGACGCCACAUCUGCUGCCCGGUUGUUGAAUCGCCAAUCCGACAAAAGGAACGUUCUACUUGAAGGAGUGACGACGGACGAGGGAGAAGAGGAGGCUGGUGGAUCGACGUCUCGGCCUGAAAACGACGAUUACUCGUAUCGUUUGCAACAGCCGGAAAAGAGGCAAUUGUGGAGUGGCGGUCACAGCGGCAGUGGCAGCCAGCGCCGCCGCCUUGCGGUUCAUCAACGACAAGCAGACGAUCCUCAAGCAGAAGACGAUAGAGCCGCAGAGAGGGGGAUCGCGGGUGGCGGGCAGGCCGCCGCUAAGGUGAAUCCACCAUCACCACCGGUCGUUCCACCUGCCGCCAACAUGUCCACCAAGAGUAUGGGUGGUGGCGGCGUUGGUGGCCGGACCGGCAGCAACAAUAACAACAACAACAACAGUAACGCGGCCGGCUCGUCUGCGCUGGCCGACGACAGCCAGCAGUACUGUCUCCGCUGGAACAAUCACCGCUCCAAUUUGCUGACGGUUUUCGAGCAGUUGCUCCAAACGGAAGCCUUUACGGACGUGACGCUGGCCGUCGGCGGCACUUCGAUCAAGUGCCACAAGAUGGUGUUGGCCGCCUGUUCCUCUUACUUCCAGUCGCUGUUCCUGGAGAAUGCCUGCCCGCAUCCCAUCGUCGUCUUCAAAGACAUCCAGUACGCCGAGAUCCGCGCCAUUCUCGAGUACAUGUACCGCGGUGAGGUCAAUGUCGCCCAGGAGCAGCUUCCGUCGCUCCUCAAAGUGGCUGAAGCCUUGCGAGUCAAGGGCCUCUUUGAGGACGAUUCGCUCAAUGCAUCCAGCAGUGGCGGCGACAGGGAGACGCCCUAUCAAGCUCCGGCAUCUUCGGGCCUCCUGUCCAGCACGUCGGUCAACGUCACCCCGGGCGGUGGUGGCGUCGUCGGACCCAGCAGUCACGGAGGUAGCAGUUCAGGAUCUCCUCCGUCUACCUCAAUCAACGCUCAUCCGCCAAUCAUCCGAUCUACCUCAGGUCACGCCCUUUCAGGUCACCACUUGCCCGUCUCUUCCUCGUCGAACGCCGACCGCUCCACACCGUCGCACCGCUACGCCGACAGGGCGUCGGGGGGUUCGGCCGAUCACAACCACCACCACAAUCACCACCACCACCUUCACAACCGCAACAAGAGUCCCAGCCCGACCAGCCCGCCGGAACGCUCUGGCGGACACAUUCGAGGCGAUCCCGAAUCUGGAGCCGGAUCGUAUUCGCGUCACGCGUCCUCCUCUUACCUCUACAAGUCGCCCAUGUUGAGCCCGCAGGGCAGCGAGCAGGGCGGAGACCGUCGCGAUGGCAGCGCCACUCGCGGCGAUAGGGAUAGUGCCGGAAGCGCGGGCAAUCCGUUGAGCAUGUGGCCGCCGCUCGUCAUGCCGCUCCAUCUCGGUGCCUUUGAGACGGCCCUGCGCGAACGCGAACAGGCUCUGGCUCUUUACGGAGCCAUCCAGCGCGGAGGAUCCAACGCUUCGGCCGAUGAUAGAGAGCCAUCUAGCGGCAACGGACGCAACAGCGAUCAUCAUUUCGAUCGGCACGGAGACAACAACGGCGGCGGAGGCGCAUCCAAACGCAAACGUCUGUCCAUCGCGUCGGCUGAUAGCGACCAGACGCCGUCGCUACUCCGCACCGUCCUCGGACCUCAUCACGGAUCAUCGAAGCAUCACCAUCACGCCGACAUCCCUGGACUCUUUCCUUUCCGUUUGAGCGCUGCCGCCGCGGCUGCAGCCGCCGAAGGAUCGGGUUCGGCCGAUGAUCGCAAUCACCUCAGCAGUUAUUUACCGAUGGCCAUGGCUUACGCCGAGAGACAAGCAGGCCGUGAUCGAGAUCGUGGAGAUGACGAUUGGAAUCAGAACCCGGAUUUGAAUUCUGAAGACGACCCCAGCGAGAUUAGCGGUGAAUAUGGACAUCCUGUACCGUCGUCGCCCCUGUCUGAUAAACGAGUGGACGCCUCGGGAGCUCGGAUCGCGGCCUACGUGCCGACGCAGAAAUUGGAAUGGAAGCGCUACAAGCAGUACACCAACAGCGAUAUCACGGCCGCCAUUGAGGCGGUCAAGAGCGGCAUGAGCGCACUCCAGGCUUCGCGCAAAUUUAAAGUGCCGUCGCGCACUUUGUACGACAAGGUCAAGAAACUGGGCAUCGCUACGACUCGUCCCUACAGCCGCGUCUCGUCGUCGACGUCGUCGUCGGCCGCGGCCGCAGCCAGCGCCGCGGCCAACUCUGCGGCGGCACAGGCGGCGGCGGCCGCCGCUGCGGCCGCCAUGAACGCGGCCAAUCAAAACAAUUUCGCCGCUUCGACUGCGGCCCUGACAUCGGCCAUGGCCGCUGCGGCCUUGUCGCUGGUGAAACGAGAGCGCGGACCCGUCAUCCAGGUAGCCGGCAGCAGUCGCCACGAGGCAGCGGCUGUUGUGGCCGCCACCAACUCGGCCGGCCAGGAGGAUUUGCCCGAGUCUUGCGGCCCGGCCGACUACAGCGAGGACAGCCGUCAGGAGAGCCCUGAAAAUUUGACGAUUGGCUCGUCCAACUUGUCGACGUCGUCGCCAGGAUCGCACGGAUCGGCCGCCGCGCCGACGCCGUCGUCCAACGGUAAGGACAUCAAAAAAGAGACGCCCGAUUCGACUCCGACGCCUCCGCCGGCGCCCCAGACGCCUCCGCCGCGCCAGAGCAGCAAAUUUAGCGCUGGAGCUCGCGUCGGCGGCGCUUAUUUCGCCGUCCGUGACGAUCUCAAUUCGACGACAUCGUCGAUAGCCGAAGUGGUCAUGGACGAUCGCGGCGGAAGCGCCAGUCCCAAUCCCAGUACGACGUGAACACACACCUGUUUC